CGCUGUGGAGCUCCGGAAGUUGAUGCUUGCUGCAGCCGCUGAACAAGCUCUUUCCCGGCUGGAGAGGAGCGGGCUGGGCCCCACUGGCAGCGGCAGCCCCCACCGGACCGUGAUCAUGGCUGCUGACUCGGAGGUGCUCCACUUCCAAUUUGAGCAGCAAGGGGACACCGUGCUGCAGAAGAUGAACCUCCUGAGGCAGCAGAACCUCUUCUGCGACGUCUCCAUCUACAUCAACGACACCGAGUUCCCUGGGCACAAAGUGAUCUUUGCCGCCUGCUCCACCUUCAUGCGGGACCAGUUCCUGCUCACGCAGUCCCAGCAGGUACGGAUCACCAUCCUGCAGAGCGCCGAGGUGGGCCGGAAGCUGCUCCUCUCCUGCUAUACCGGCGCCCUAGAGGUGAAGAAGAAGGAGCUCCUGAAGUACCUCACGGCCGCGAGCUACCUGCAGAUGGUGCACAUCGUGGAGAAAUGCACCGAGGCGCUGUCCAGGUACCUCGAAAUUGAUGCUUCCGUGGAGGGCGGCAGCGGGAGUGCUGAGAAGUGCCACUCGUCUGACAUGGAGCUGGGGAGCAAAGACAGUGGCCUGGAAAGAGACUGCGAAAUCAUCGAGAUUUCUGAGGACAGCCCAGUGAAUGUAGAGGAGCACGUCAAGCGGGAAGAGGGGGGCGUCUGGCAGGCACCCAUGCAGAGUCUAGUCUCAGAACGGAAGGAGGUCAAAAGCCCCGAGAUCUCCACGGUUGAGAUAGGCUACAAGGACAACGAAAUCUGCAUUUUCCGGAUGGAUUCCCUCAACACUCCUAGCGUGGAAGAUGAAGAGUUCUCACAGCCUUCCACCUCCUCGAAAACCAACUUGUAUUUCCCCGAAACUCAGCACUCCUUGAUCAACUCCACCGUGGAGAGCAGAAUGGCGGAGGUGUCCGGGGGCCAAUUCCCUAGCUUUGGCAGCGACAACCCGGAAGGUGCCACGGGCGGGUUCCAGAACCCCGAGGAUUCCAGCUACUCGUGGCGGCACCAGUGCCCAAAAUGCCCCAGGGGUUUCCUCCACCUGGAGAACUAUCUCCGGCACCUGAAGAUGCACAAAUUGUUCCUGUGCCUGCAGUGCGGGAAAACCUUCACCCAGAAGAAGAACCUCAACCGGCACAUCCGGGGCCACAUGGGCAUCCGCCCCUUCCAGUGCCUGGUGUGCCUGAAGACCUUCACGGCCAAAAGCACCCUCCAGGACCACCUCAACAUCCACAGUGGCGAUCGGCCCUACAAGUGCCACUGCUGCGACAUGGACUUCAAGCACAAGUCCGCCCUCAAAAAGCACCUGACGUCUGUGCACGGCAGGAGUGGCAUGGACAAAGCCGCCUUUGACUCCAUUACAGAAGUCAGGAUAGACUACGAUUAGCAGCAGCCUGGGUGGGAGGGACAGGCCAGCCCUCCAGCAAAGCCCUGAGUCCAGCCCCCGACUUAGGCCCUCAUCCUGCACAUUGAACAGGCACUUGUCCCCUGUAAUGCCGGCUUGCAAGCUAUGGAAGUCAGAAUCCCCUCCCAGGCAGGGAUGUUGAGCAAUGAGGACCACUCUUAUUUCCCCUUAGGGGCUCCAAAUUACUUAUAGGGGUGGGCAAGCGUGUGCCAUUUUGGGGGGAUUUUUUUUUUUUUUUUUGUACAGGGCUAGUUCUUUAAAGGAACGAAAUAUCAAACCGGGUCAGACUUCUGCAUCCCUGCUGUCAUUUUUUCGCUAGGGGCAAGCAAAUUUCCACUACAGUGAGCAGUCUUGAGACCUUCCAGAAACAAAUUGGAGAUGGCACUUUGACGCUUGCUCUUCCUCCUGUCUGAAUUUUCCUCUGCUGUCGGCGAACAUCGGCUGUGACAUUCAGGAGGGCCAAGCGAAGCCCAGAUACUUUAUUUCAGGCCGUUUGACUUGUUAACAGGGCCAGCCCGACUUGGGGCCAAAGGAACGGGCCCUGUUCCUGCACAUUUAAAUUCUGUGUUCUUGGGAGUGUGUUUAAGAAGGAGGCAAGGUCACCUCUGGGUCGACAGCCUGCUCGCUUCCUCUUUCUUCAAAGUGCUGUCAAAUCCUCUGCUGAGGAGAGGUCCUGAGAGCUGGUACUUCAUGCCAAGGGCGAUCAUGAACAGGCCUUUGCUCUCUAGAAGGAGAUGCCUUUUACUACCUUGGCUUACUUUGAGCAUGUACCCGAAAAAGAAAGGAGAGGGUUAACAGACGAAAAUCUCCAGUUUCUCGUUUCUCACUUAGUCUGACUGCCAGGAGCAACUCUUAGGCUCCCGUUCAGUCAUGAUUCCACCCAAGGCACUUUUUGGGGAGGUUUUGCUCUGGCUGGGUACUGAUGUGUCGCUUCACUGUGUUGCUCUCCAAGCAGACUUUGGCAUUGAGGUGUCCUGGCUUACGCGCUGGAAGAGCCUCUGCUUUGCGUGCAGAAGGACCCAGAUUCAGUCCCUGGCAACAUCUCCCAGUUGGGCUGGGAAACACCCCGAGUAUGAAACCCUGGAGAGCAGCUGCCACUGUAGGACAUCUUGAGUCUCACUCAGCAGGAGGCAGCUAUAUAGGUUCAACCCAGUGCAGUGGUUAUUGGGGCUCCUAACUACCUGCUGAUCUCCUCUUCCUCCUACCCUGAAGCACUACAGCUGCUACUUUAGAAGUACCACCAUCUUUUUUCCAGACAGCUCUGUCUUCCCCGGUAAAAAUAAUAAUAAUAAAAGUGUGUAUGUGUAUAUAUAUAUUUUCUAUAGUAACAGGAUCUGACCUAAGUUUGCUUUAUCAUAUGGUCUUGGCUUUUGUAAAUCUGGAUGUAAACUUUUUGAUGUCUUAAUUAUGAGCGCUGUAAGCUCCUACAUGCUGGAAAAUUCUUGCGUUGGAAUGAUUUCCCACUGCUUGCUGCUUUUCAGAUCCUCCUCCGUAUCUGGUUAUUUGCAAAAGCAUUGUGCUAAGUGUUUGCUUGGCGAGGUGCGUUCCGUUUCGUUAGAUCUCUCUGGGCAGCUUCAUCUCCAAAUCCAUCAUUCUGGGAAAAGCAACACUGAGAUCUUGUCUCUGGUUGACGUCAAUGUUUCUUUCACGUGGUUGUAGUGAAAACAAAACUUGCGCACUUUGGCUGAGAUCCACAUCUUUCAGGAUUUAUUUCCCAGCCUCUUGAAUGAAGAGAAAGGCUAGUGGCCACACCACGUACCAUUCCCCUAAUGCUCACAUCAUUCUGCAUAGAAGUCUACUUUUUUCACUGAUGUUGGCUGUUUCCUGAACUUGGGGGCGAUUGUGGUAGGGGAUCUAGUCCAACAGCAGCUGGAUGGAUGUUCAACACCCAGCUGGGACUCCAUGCUUGCGAAGCUCUGAAUUAACUGGUUUUUUAAAAAGAAAAAACGAAACAUUCAAAUUCAUGUAGGAACCUGAAUGGAACUUUCUGGCUUCCCAAGCAACUUUGCACUAGGAUUCCAUUCCUUUCCCCCCAGUCCUGCAAAACAGAGAGAUUACUGUAUUUACCUGAAUCCAAGACUGUUUUGUUUUUCCCCAGAACUUGGAUGUUAGAAAUCACCGGGGGUCAUCUUAAAUUCAGAGGUCUUUUCCUUUUGGGUAAACACAGGUAUAACCUGUAUUUAAUCUCUCUUUUUUAAGGGACUCAUCUUAAAUUCAGAGUCGUCUGGUAUUCAGGUAAAUAUGGUAGAUUUUGGGUUUUGCUUUCUUUUUCUGGGCGUGUUGUAACUUAGGUGGCUGAUCAAUGAUUGUUAAUUGUUUUUAUUUAUUUAUCUCACCAUUCUGAGAACUAUUUGUUGAUUAUGUUAAAAGGCACUCUACAAAUAUACUUUUAAAUAAAAAAAAUUGUGGGCUUA